AUUGAUUUGGAUUAUUUCGAUUAUCCAUCCCUUCUGUCAGCCAAAGAUAUCGCCGUCUUCGGGACAUUCUGUGCGUUGGCCACAUUCGAACGUAGUGAGCUGAAAGAAAAAGUGCUCGGAAGUGUUCUCUUUCGGAAAUUUCUCGAAUCUGAACCAAAAUUGGUGGAGCUGUUGCAAAAGUUUUGUCGAAGUGAAUUUGGUACAUGUCUUGAUAUCAUGGAAGAGAUGCGUGAUCAACUCCUACUUAAUAUGUAUUUAUCGGCACACGUUAAAGAGAUUUACUAUUUAAUAAGGCGUUGUGCGGUUGUGCAGUAUUUUACACCUUAUCAGGCGGCUGAUAUUCGUCGAAUGGCUGAUGUAUUUCGUGUGAGCGUUAAUGAGCUGGAGGAUGAAUUGGUGAAAUUGAUCGAAAAUGAUGAUAUUAGUGCACGAAUUGAUUCAUUCAACAAAGUGCUUUAUGCGAACAAACGUGGAGUGACCGAUGGUUCGAGUUGUUCAUCGCCAUCGUCUUCAUCGACGAUGCCAUCGCAAGUGAGCACAAGUCGAAAUAUGCUAUCACGAUUGUUCGGCACAGGUGGUGGUCGUGUUGCUGCUGCUGGUGGUGGUGCUAUUGGGAACAUGUCGCAGUCAGCUGAACCCGAUAGCUCAAAUGAG